AUGGUGCUGUUAUAUAGGGAUACUGGAAGAUCCCGCAGCAUCCCGUCCCGCAUCCUCAGCGUUAUCCUGUCCAGCAUCCCGGUAAUCCCGCCCAGGAUCACGCUAAUCUCGCCCGACGUCCCGAAAAUCCCGCGCCUCGGAAUCCCGCGAGGAGAAGCCAUCCCUCUAAUAUCCCGCAGCAUCCCGUCCCGCAUCCUCAGCGUUAUCCUGUCCAGCAUCCCGGUAAUCCCGCCCAGGAUCACGCUAAUCUCGCCCGACGUCCCGAAAAUCCCGCGCCUCGGAAUCCCGCGAGGAGAAGCCAUCCCUCUAAUCCCUCUCGCUCAGCCCCGUCGCUCAGCCCUCUCGCUAAGCCCUCUCGCUAAGCCCUCUCGCUCAGCCCUCUCGCUCAGCCCUCUCGCUCAGCCCUCUCGUUCAGCCCUCUCGCUCAACCCUCUCGCUCAGCCCUCUCGCUCAGCCCUCUCGCUCAGCCCUCUCGCUCAGCCCUCUCGCUCAGCCCUCUCGCUAAGCCCUCUCGCUCAGCCCUCUCGCUCAGCCCUCUCGCUCAGCCCUUUCGCUCAGCCCUCUCGCUCAUCCCUCUCGCUCAGCCCUCUCGCUAAGCCCUCUCGCUCAGCCCUCUCGCUCAGCCCUCUCGCUAAGCCCUCUCGCUCAGCCCUCUCGCUCAGCCCUCUCGCUCAGCCCUCUCGCUAA